UGGUUUUCAUGUCUUCCUAACAAUGCAGAGGAGAAUAAUGCUGGACCACGAUCCGAGGCAGAGGAGAGAGUCCACUCAUGGAUUCAAGCUUUGGCCAGAUCUGAGAAGAACUUAACAUUUGAAUACGUCCAGUCUACUGAAAGAGGAUUGAGCUUCAAGGAAGCAGAAAGGAGAUUGCUGGAAGGUGGACAAAAUAUUCCCAUUGAUCAUAAUUUUCCUAGCUGGUGGCAGCUCUGGUGCAAUGCUUUUAUACAUCCUUUUAAUAUUAUUCUUAUCAUCAUGGCUACACUUUCAUUCUUGGCAUCUGAUAAUGCCAAUGGAAUCAUUAUGCUCAUACUAGUUAUGCUAAGCGUAGGCAUCCGAUUCCACCAGGACUAUAAUAGUUCAAGAGCUGCCAUGAAACUCUCCGAACUUCUGAGAUCACAGAUCAGAGUUCAGAGAUGUGCCGGAAAAGUCAUUCAGACAGAACUAGUAGUACAAAUUGACUACAGAGACAUAGUGCCUGGUGACAUUAUCCAUUUUAGCCCAGGGGAUCUCUUUCCUGGUGAUGUAAGACUAGUGACAUCCAAAGACUUGAUUGUGAGUCAGUCUUCCUUAACAGGCGAGUCAGGAACAACAGAAAAAGUAGCAGAUAUCAUAGAAGAUCCAAGCACUCCCUUGCUAGAGCUAAAAAAUAUCUGCUUUAUGGGAACAAGUGUGGUAUCUGGGUGUGGAACCGGAUUAGUCAUAUCAACAGGUUCAAGAACAUAUAUGAGUACAAUAUUUUCCACAAUGGGACAAGAGAAACAUACAGAUGCCUUUGAAAAUGGCCUUCGGUGUGUAUCCUAUGCACUUGUUUGCAUCAUGGUUCUGGUAGUCCCAAUAAUAAGUUUAUCUGACUACUAUGCAUCUCAUAAUUUGGGAGAGAGUGUUAUAUUUGGGAUCUCUGUAGCAGUAGCACUGACACCACAAAUGUUACCUCUUAUUGUGAACACAAAUCUUGCAAAAGGAGCAAUUGCAAUGGCCAAAGACAGAUGCAUAGUUAAGCGACUAUCCACCAUACAACACAUGGGAGCUAUGGAUAUUUUGUGCAUCGACAAAACAGGAACACUAACAACGAAUCGUAUCAUAAUGGUACAUCAUAUGGAUAGUUGGGGGUUUCCAAAUGAAAGAGUACUAAGAUUUGCAUUUCUAAAUUCUUACUUCAAAACUGAAGCUAAUAGUCCUAUAGAUGAUGCAAUUCUUGCUUAUGCAUAUACAAAUGGGUACAGAUUCCAGGCAUCAAAAUGGCGAAUGAUAGAAGAGAUUCCUUUUGAUUUUGUAAGGAGAAGGAUGUCUGUAAUUAUUGAGAGAGAUCUAGACAGUAUAUGGGAUGAACAAGGCUCCUAUUUUGAUACAACCAAAUAUGUCAUAACAAAGGGGGCACUUGAAGAAGUUUUAAGUAUUUCUACCUUGAUCGAGGACAUUGAUAAAGGAGUAAAUUUGACCUUGACUCCCAAAGAUCGUGAAGUUGUCCUCCAAAAGAGUGAAGAACUGAGUAACGAUGGAUUGCGAGUCCUCGGAGUAGCUAUGAAACGGGAAAACACGAUAAUUAAAAGUGGGCCUACCAAAUAUCCAGCACUAGAAUCAGACAUGGUUUUCCUUGGCCUCAUCUCCUUCUUUGACCCACCAAAAAACUCAGCGAAGCAAGCACUGUGGCAACUAGCAGAGAAGGGAGUAAAAGCAAAGGUGUUAACGGGUGACUCACUGUCUCUAACCAUUAAGGUCUGUAAAGAAGUUGGCAUUAGAACAACUCAUGUGACAACUGGCCCAGAUCUUGACAUUCUUGAACAUACUGAGUUUCAUGAGGCUGUUAGAAGAGCCACAGUGCUGGCUCGUCUUACACCAACUCAAAAGCUUCGGGUAGUUCAGUCACUGCAGAAAGUAGGAAACCAUGUUGUUGGAUUUUUGGGUGAUGGAAUAAAUGAUUCCCUUGCAUUGGAAGCUGCAGAUGUUGGAAUUUCAGUUGACUCCGGAGCAAGUGUAGCAAAGGAUCUAGCCGACAUUAUACUACUCGAGAAGGAUUUAAAUGUUCUUGUCUCGGGUGUUGAACAUGGUAGGCUGACCUAUGGAAACACAAUGAAAUACAUAAAAAUGUCUUUGGUUGCUAAUAUUGGAAGUAUUAUCUCUCUCUUUAUAGCGACUAUGUUCAUACAAUUUGAGCCACUCAGUCCCAGACAGCUUCUGACUCAGAAUUUUCUCUACAAUCUAGGCCAAAUUGCAAUUCCAUGGGACAAGGUAGAUGACGGAUAUGCAAAGGUUCCUCAGGGAUGGUCUGCAACAGAACUACCAGUUUUCAUCCUAUGGAAUGGGCCAGUUUGUUCGAUAUUUGAUAUUGGCACCUUCUUAUUCCUUCGUUUUUAUUAUGAAGCAGACCAAGUUUCAGAUUCUGAAUUUUUCCAUUCUGCUUGGUUUAUUGAGGGUCUUCUUAUGCAGGCUCUUAUCAUCCACAUGAUUAGAACAGAAAAAAUUCCCUUCAUACAGGAUAUGGCAACAUGGCCUGUGGUUUUCUCAACCAUAACAAUUUCUGCUAUCGGGAUCAUAAUUCCAUUUAGUCCCAUUGGUAAACUUAUGGGACUAAUGAACCUUCCACUAUCAUAUUUUGGUUUCUUAGUAGUGCUUUUUCUUGGAUACUUUUCGCUUGGGCAAGUUGUCAAGAGGAUAUAUAUACUCAUUUACAAACGAUGGCUUUAAAAGUGAGUCCAUAGUUCUGUACAUCAAAAUUUAAGGCUGCUGACACAUGAGGAAUCGACUUCAGUUUUAUUCUGUGUCUACCAAACAUUGGCAAAGUCUAGUUUUGAGUCAACUUCAGUUUCAUUCCACCAUAAAAAAAAUUUUAUAUCAUUUUAAUUCGAUAAAGAUGUUAUACUUGUUUCGUUUUGGCUUUUUCGGUGAAUAUAUGAGAAAAUAAAUAUACAAACAACAAUGAUAAAAUUCAUUCAAGUGUAUCACCACACUCUUAUACAAAUGAAAACCAAAUCUCGGAGACCUUUACCACAACCAUUUAUUUCCAACCCUUGAUACACCUAUAUCUACGCUCAACUAAACUCACCAAACAGGGAAGUCCAUAGAGGAGACCACUGAUGGCUGCUGGUUGAGUUUUUCUUUCUCUUUUCCUCUCUCUUUCUUAUUUUCUGUAUUUAUCUUGACUCUUAUCUUCAAAUCAAUGAAAUUGGGAGGCUUGUGUCAGCGUUAUAACACGUGCCAACUAUUGAAAAGGUUAUUGUCUGUCAAUGCCCAAAAAAACUGCCAUGCUAGCUGCCAAAUUGCAUUUAAGCAUCCCAGUCCGUAAGCACUAUCAAAGAUUAAUAUCACAAAAAUAAAAAGAGGAUUAACUAUCCUCCUCAAGGAUUUUGAGAUGCUUGUUCUAGGGUUAAUGUGGAGACAACAGUACCAGAUGUGUUGAUAGUGGCAAGAUGAACUGUUUGGGUUUCUAACUGAUAAAGUAACUGUACUUCACAUUUCACAUAAACAUGAACAUUGUAUCAGGAAGACACCUAGAGAUCCAAUAGCUUCCAGUCACAUUACAUGGAAAUUGAAGCAAGAUAUAAGGAAUUUAUUAUUUUCAGUAAGGUUGCAUAGGCUGAGAGGUCACAGUAUAAGCAUGGUUCCAAGACCAACUUGAUGUGCCCUAGUAGCUAGAAUACUCAAAAGAAAAAGUGGUACAAGUUCCAGCUAAAUAAGGAUACAAUUGGCAGGCAUGCAGACUUCAAAUCUGCUUUCUUCUUCUUCUUCUUCUUCUUCUUCUUCUUCUUCUUUUGCCUUUAGCAAGAGAAAAUAACAGCAUGAAUACAUCGGGCGAGAUCAAAAAGAGGAAAGUGAAGGAGAAAUAUAAAGGAAAAUGACAAACUAGAUGAUGAGGAAUAAUGUCAAGGGCCAACCCCAGCCCACCCCAAGCAACCCCUCCAAAACCCCAAACAUCCACAAGGAGGGAACAGAAAAAGACCUAGACUCAACAAUUAGUCAUAUUCUACAUAAAUCUACCAUCUUAUACUGUGUAAUUCUCACAAUUUGCACAGCAAUUUGGAAGCAAAUUAGAGCCCCCGCUCACAGUUUUGUACUAAAUCAAUCUCAACGCGCCACCCAUCAGUUCAUGAAAUAUUGGCCCUCAUAAGUCAAUUUCAAUGCCUCACUCCUCAUUCAUGAGAUCCUGAAGUGGCAAGCAUUGAUCAUAACUCACAGGCUGAAACUCUAUAUCAUCAAGAAUUCCAUAAAAAAAAAAAGGAAAUUCCUUGACACCGCACCUCGAUCGAUCUCUGAUCUAAAUUCCAUUUACAUCGUAGACUUUUAUAAGCAACCCAUUUCAACUUGCGUCCGGCCGUAAAACCCU